UUAUUGGCAGCGAACAGCAGUGGGACUAUUAAUUAUAUAUUCUAUGUAUUUUGGUAUUAAAAUACUAUAAAUUAUUAGAGGUGUAUUUUGUUGUGUGCUGGAAGCGGCUGUCAGGUGUAACAGUGUUGGGUUGCGGUCACACGCUAUCUCACUGUGGCGAGCAAAAUUGUUGCGUAUGUGUGUGCGUGCCAGGCAUAUGCAUCAUAGCAUAUUUCAUUGUUUAAAACAAUCAUUUUGUGCAAAAAGUUGUGCAAAAUCAUAUGUAGAACUUAUGUCUGAUACAAGUGCGCAGGUAUUAUGUAUCAGUUGUAGUGCGAGCUGCAGUAGCAGGCGCAAGAGAAGGAAGUGAAGCAGCUGCAAUAACAACAAACAACCACAACAACAACAACCAAUCUAGAUUUUUGUAAAACAAAAGUGAAAAGCGUAAGAAAAAUAUAUAGUAUAUAUAUUUGUACACAAGCAAAACGCACACGCAACGUGCUCGUUAAUUCCCAACAACUAAAGAAAACCGAUUGCAAUGUCCAAUGGUGACGAUGUGCUAGACAACUGGGAAGAAUUAGACGAGGCAGGCCUUUGCAUGACGUUGCAAACAAAACUGCAGACCGCCAACAACGACGACGUAGACAGCAGGAGCAGCAGCAACAACAAACCAAUUAAACCCGCCACCUCAACGAUUCUCGUAGAGAAGAACACUAAAAUGAAAGUUCUACAACGUCCACAGUCGCUGCAAGAAAGCAGCGUCCCGACUGCUGCAUCUGCAACAGCCGCGCCCAAGCAAAUUAUGAUUGCCAAAAAGCCAGCGGCGCCUACUGCAACAGCAACAGCAGCAUCAACUGGACAAACAGAUGGCGAUGUGAAUGCACCUGUUAUGAUGGUAUUGCACAAAUCGGCCAGCGAAUAUGAUGCGGCCAACUAUGCUAAUCCCAUCAACAAUCAAACGGUCAAAAUAUUGCGACGCCCCGCCCAAGCAGAGGAGCGACGUGAUGCGAAUGGCAUGCGGCCCAAGCAGCCGAUUAAGACGCUGCAACAGCGUGAACAGGAAUAUGCGCAGGCGCGACUUCGCAUCCUGGGCAGCGCCAAGAAUCCCGAGGACGAUAAGCCUGCCACGCCCACAACGCCAGUUAGCAACGCGAGCACAGCGCCCGUGAAUUCGACUCCCUGGCAGGCCGAGUCCACGCCUUAUGCUGCCAACUUCAAUAACAAUAAUAACAACAACAAUAAUAGCAGCAAUGGACCAGGACCUGGAGCUGCAGCUGGUGCUGCUGUUGGACCCGCUGCCGGCAUGCAUCGCUCCAGUUCGGCACCGAAAAUGUCGCAAUCCGCCACGCCCAUGUACAACUAUAACAACUAUUAUCAGGCGCCACCGCCGCCACAACAACAGCACACGCCAGCCAUGAGCUAUAUAUACUCAGCACCCAUAUUUCAGCAUCAACGUAUGCCACCCUAUGGUGCAGGACAAGCGGCGGCGGCAGCAGCGGGAGCUGCUCCAACGCCCAAUCCUCAGCAGAGCUGGUCACCGGUUGUUGGGGGCAGCGUGUCGGCAGCUUUGUUGCGUCAACAGUCAAUGCAUUCGCCGGCGUUGCAUCAUCAACAGCACCAGCAGCAACAGCAACAUCACCAACAGCAGCAGCAGCCAGCGACGGCGCCUCCACAAUAUGCACAUCCUUACAACGAUAAUGUGUUGCGGCUGCCGAGAGGUCCUUGCCCCAAUGGCACCAUUGGCUUUCAGAUGCGUCGGUAACAGACGACGGGAUGCAACAAAAACAAAACCAACAGCAACAUCAACAACAACAAUUACUUUAAUUUCAAUUAUCCAGUAUGCCACAUUUUUGUAGCGUACUUUCAAAACUUGUCAUUAUUCUGAGAUUUGCAAUUGAAUAAUUACUUUUUUGUUUGUUUUCUUUU